AUGUAAUGGAAUAUUAUUGAGCCAUAAAAAGAAAUUAAGUUCUGAUAGAUGCUACAUUAUGCUGAGUGAAAUAAGACACAAAAAGAUGAACAUUGUUAUGGUUCCACUUACAUGAAAUAUCUGAAUAGGAAAAUUCAUGGACACAGAAAGUAGAUUAGAGUUUACCAGAGGCUGGAGAGAGAGGCAAUGAGGAGUUACUGCUUGAAAGGUACAGAGUUUCUGUUUGGGAUGAUGAAAAGUUUUGGGCAUAGAUAAUCGUACACUUUAAAAAUGAGUAAAACAGCAAAUUUUGUUGUAUCUAUUUUGCUAUUUUACUACAAUUUUUUAAAAUUAAUGUAACAUGUCAAAACCCAUUGAAUUAUACACUUCAAAUGGGUGAAUUGCAUGGUAUAUGAAUAUGUCAAAACUGUUUUUAAAAACAAGGGGGUAUGAACAGUUUCCUUUUCCUCCAUGAGUGUAUGUACUUCACCAACAGCUCCUGUCCAUCUUUGCUUCCUCCUUUCCCACGUCCGCCUUCCCUCUCAUCUGGUUCAGAAUUCCUGGGAGAAGCUGGGUAAUGAUCAUCAGUGUCCUGGAAUUAGGACUAACCACCAUUCAAGACUGAAUGACUCAAGACUUCUGUCAGUGGCAGGGCUGGGUAGAUUAUUCUCUCAAACAUUUUAGUCACCUGUCCCUAGGAUGGGGAGCCCGAGAAGACUGUCUAGUAGAUUUUUAAAGAUUCUUCGGGUUGUAAUAUGACUCUUUGUGGGUGGAGAGGCUAAACUGGAGGCCAGAGGACCAGAAAAAUGGCUGUUGCAAUGAUUCAGGCUAGAUGGGACGGUAGCUUGAAUGAAGGUAGCAGUAGUAGGAAUAAAAUGGUAGUAGCAAAGGGGAUGGAGAAGGGAAGAUUGAUAAAGUAGAAACUACUAAACUUGGGCCUGGUUGGCUGAGUGGAAGGCACAGAGGAAGGUAAUGGUUUGAGUAUCCGAGUACAUGGGGCAAUACGGCAGGAGCGCACUGUGCGCUUAGUCCAGAACUUACGGCGGGGGCGGGCCGAAGGCGGCAGAGCUUGGUGGGAAGCUCAAGCAGCCUUUGCGGCCGUUGCUGCUGAAAAGGGCCCUUCUCUGGGCUUCCCCCUGUCGCUUAGCCAUGGCGGGCCCGGGCCCGGGGGCAGCACUGGAGUCCCCACGGCAGCUGCUGGGCCGUGUGCGCUUCCUGGCGGAGGCAGCGCAGAACCUCCGCGCCGGACAGCCACUGCCAGCGGCGCUGGCUUUCGUGCCGCGCGAGGUGCUCUACAAGCUUUACAAAGACCCGGCAGGGCCGUCGCGAGUGCUGCUGCCGGUGUGGGAGGCGGAGGGCCUGGGGCUGCGUGUGGGAGCCGCGGGUCCGGCCCCCGGGCCCCUCCGCGCUGCCCGCGACAGCAUCGAGCUCCGGCGCGGCGCCUGCGUGCGCACCACAGGCGAGGAGCUAUGCAAUGGCCACGGGCUCUGGGUGAAGCUGACCAAGGAGCAGCUGUCGGAACACCUGGGCGACUGCGGGCUGCUAGAAGGAUGGUUGCUAGUGUGCCGCCCCGCGGAAGGCGGAGCCCGCCUCGUGCCCAUCGACACCCCCGACCACCUCCUGCGGCAGCAGCAGCUCUUCGGCGUGGACUUCCGCCCGGUGCUCAGAUGGGAACAGGUGGUGGACCUGACAUAUUCGUAUCGCCUUGGAUCGAGGCCUCAGCCAGCCGAGGCAUACACGGAAGCUGUACAGAGGCUACUCUAUGUGCCCCCGACGUGGACCUACGAGUGCGACGAGGACCUGAUCCACUUCUUGUAUGACCACCUGGGCAAGGAGGAUGAGAACCUGGGUAGCGUGAAGCAGUAUGUGGAGAGCAUAGACGUUUCCUCCUACACGGAGGAGUUCAAUGUGUCCUGCCUGACAGACAGCAAUGCAGACACCUACUGGGAAAGCGAUGGGUCCCAGUGCCAGCACUGGGUACGGCUUACCAUGAAAAAGGGCACCAUUGUCAAGAAGCUGCUGCUCACAGUGGAUACCACAGAUGACAACUUUAUGCCUAAGCGGGUGGUGGUCUAUGGGGGCGAAGGGGACAACCUGAAGAAGCUGAGUGACGUGAGCAUUGACGAGACCCUGAUCGGGGAUGUCUGUGUCCUGGAGGACAUGACUGUCCACCUCCCAAUCAUCGAGAUCCGCAUCGUCGAGUGCCGAGAUGAUGGGAUUGAUGUGCGUCUUCGAGGGGUCAAGAUCAAGUCUUCCAAACAGCGGGAACUAGGGUUGAACGCAGACCUAUUCCAGCCAACCAGUCUAGUGCGAUAUCCACGCCUGGAAGGCACAGACCCGGAAGUUCUGUACCGCAGAGCUGUUCUCCUACAGAGAUUCAUAAAGAUCCUAGACAGUGUCCUGCACCACCUGGUACCUGCCUGGGACCACACACUGGGCACCUUCAGUGAAAUUAAGCAAGUAAAGCAGUUCCUGCUGCUGUCACGCCAGCGGCCAGGCUUGGUGGCCCAGUGUCUGCGUGACUCCGAGAGCAGCAAACCCAGCUUCAUGCCACGCCUGUACAUCAACCGGCGCCUUGCCAUGGAACACCGUGCCUGCCCCCUAAGGGACCCUGCCUGCAAGAAUGCAGUUUUCACUCAGGUUUAUGAAGGCCUCAAGCCCUCUGACAAAUACGAAAAGCCCCUGGACUAUAGGUGGCCUAUGCGCUAUGAUCAGUGGUGGGAGUGUAAAUUCAUUGCAGAAGGCAUCAUUGACCAAGGGGGUGGUUUCCGGGAUAGCCUGGCGGACAUGUCAGAAGAGCUAUGCCCUAGCUCAGCAGACACCCCUGUGCCUCUGCCCUUCUUUGUGCGGACAGCCAACCAGGGCAAUGGCACAGGGGAGGCCCGGGAUAUGUAUGUGCCCAACCCCUCUUGCCGAGACUUCGCCAAGUAUGAGUGGAUCGGACAGCUGAUGGGGGCUGCUCUCCGGGGUAAGGAGUUUCUGGUCCUGGCUCUGCCCGGUUUCGUGUGGAAGCAGCUCUCUGGUGAGGAGGUGAGCUGGAGCAAGGACUUCCCAGCUGUGGACUCUGUGCUGGUGAAGCUCCUGGAAGUGAUGGAAGGAAUGGACAAGGAGACAUUUGAAUUCAAAUUUGGGAAGGAACUAACAUUCACCACUGUACUGAGUGACCAGCAAGUGGUAGAGUUGAUCCCUGGGGGCACAGGCAUUGUGGUGGGAUAUGAGGACCGUACCCAUUUCAUCCAACUGGUGCAGAAGGCACGGCUAGAGGAGAGCAAGGAGCAGCUGGCAGCCAUGCAGGCAGGUCUGCUGAAGGUGGUGCCACAGGCGGUGCUGGACUUGCUGACCUGGCAGGAAUUGGAGAAGAAGGUGUGCGGGGACCCAGAGGUCACUGUGGACGCUCUGCGCAAGCUCACCCGCUUUGAAGACUUCGAGCCAUCUGACACACGGGUGCAGUACUUCUGGGAGGCACUGAACAGCUUCACCAACGAGGACCGGAGCCGCUUUCUGCGCUUUGUCACGGGCCGCAGCCGCCUGCCGGCGCGGAUCUACAUCUACCCAGACAAGCUGGGCUAUGAGACCACAGACGCGCUGCCUGAGUCUUCCACCUGCUCCAGCACCCUCUUCCUACCACACUAUGCCAGCGCCAGGGUGUGUGAGGAGAAGCUCCGCUAUGCUGCGUACAACUGCGUAGCCAUUGACACCGACAUGAGCCCUUGGGAGGAGUGAGACGGCACCAGGGGGCAGCCUCGGACCGGCUGGGGUUUGCCCUACUGUCAUGAGCUGACAUGCUCAGAAAAAGCCAGCGCACACAGCCCCGGUAUGUGGUCGGAGUGCUGGCUGUGUGGGUGACCCUGGUGGCCCAGCCCUGCAGACCCACAAGCCCUAUGUGUGCUGGGGCUUGCUUCCCAAGUUACUUAUCCUCUGUGGAGGGAAGCUUCCACAAGCCCAGCACAAGCUGCCAGGCCUGAGCUACUUGAAGGGGGCCUUCUAGCUCCCCACCCCAUGGAUUUUGCUUUAGUUUUUGGGAGCUCUUUCAUUUUUCUCCAUGUUUUUCUCUGGCUUCCAUCUGGACUAAAAACUAAAAACUCUGGAGCAUGUUAGAGGCCUAGAAGCUCUUUCCCAAACACAGCAGGAGGGAUGCAUAGGGAAUGAUGGUCAUCCUCCUCGGUUGCCUGCCCCAAAAUAAAGGAACAACUGAGCACCCCCUCCCUCACACACUGGUGUUUUUUUCCAUUCCCUCCAUACUCAGGGUGUAAGUUCUGUCCUUCCUCCAUCCUAGUCUCAACUGACAAAGUGCCACCACCUUCCCUGGCUCAGAACCUACAUCCCCACUCAACAUGAAAUCUUCACCACCACACCACAUUGAUCACUUCUGUAUCACCUCCAGCCUGAUUCCCCAUCUGCUAUCUUCAUGCUCAAGAUUUGCACAAGUUAAGGCCAGUUAUAUCUUCUGAAAUCUUUACCCAGCUCCCCUUUACCCACCUCAAAUCAAGCCUAGAUUUUAAACUUGCUUCUGGCCUUACGCAUGUCCCUGCCUCAGCCCUCCUUCCCUUAAGGGCCCCAUGAUGCUCCAUCAGAGAAGGUCCUGCACAUGGGAAAGUUUAAUAAAUGGAUGAAUUCA